AAACCAGAGAAACCAGAGAAACGAGAGAAACCAGAGAAACCAGAGAAACCAGAGAAACCAGAGAAACCAGAGAAACGAGAGAAACGAGAGAAACUAGAGAAACGAGAGAAACGAGAGAAAAGAGAGAAACGAGAGAAACGAGAGAAACGAGAGAAAAGAGAGAAACUAGAGAAACGAGAGAAACGAGAGAAACGAGAGAAACGAGAGAAUCUAGAGAAACGAGAGAAACGAGAGAAACGAGAGAAACGAGAGAAACUAGGGAAACUAGAGAAAAGAGAGAAAAGAGAGAAACUAGAGAAACGAGAGAAACCAGAGAAACCAGAGAAACGAGAGAAACGAGAGAAACGAGAGAAACGAGAGAAAAGAGAGAAACUAGAGAAACGAGAGAAACGAGAGAAACGAGAGAAAAGAGAGAAACGAGAGAAACGAGAGAAACGAGAGAAACGAGAGAAACUAGAGAAACUAGAGAAAAGAGAGAAACUAGAGAAACGAGAGAAACCAGAGAAACUAGAGAAACGAGAGAAACGAGAGAAACGAGAGAAACGAGAGAAAAGAGAGAAACGAGAGAAACGAGAGAAACGAGAGAAACUGAGGUAAAGGACAGCUGAGCAUCAGGUCUGUGCUGGUCGUUAAAGGUAGACGAAGUGGCCCGAAUAGGUGCAGUCCUAUCCCCAAACUCAGGCAUAAGUCCCCCUCUCUGAGGAGUCCCCCUCCCUGAGGA